AUGGAGGUCGAGCUUACGGCACCAAAUGGCAAGAAGUGGAGCCAGCCUUUAGGUCUCUUCAUCAACAACGAAUUUGUUAAGAGUAGCAACGAGCAAAAGAUUGCCUCUAUCAACCCGGCAACGGAAGAGGAGAUCUGCUCCGUCUUCGCCGCCACCUCUAGUGAUGUAGAUAGCGCCGUGGCAGCCGCCCGCAAGGCUUUCAAGGACCCAUCAUGGAAGUCCCUCUCAGGUACCGAACGCGGCGCUCUGCUGACCAAACUCGCCGACUUGCUGGCAGAGCAUGCCGAAACGCUCGCUACGAUUGAGUGUCUCGACAACGGCAAGCCGUAUUCUGUCGCCCUAAAUGAGAACGUUCCCGAGGUCGUCAACGUGCUCAAGUACUACGCCGGGUAUGCCGACAAGAACUUUGGCCAGGUGAUCGACGCCGGGCCGGCCAAGUUUGCGUACACGCUCAAGGAGCCCCUGGGUGUCUGUGGCCAGAUCAUUCCUUGGAACUACCCACUUGACAUGGCGGCUUGGAAGCUGGGCCCCGCAUUGUGCUGCGGCAAUACAGUCGUGCUCAAACUGGCCGAGCAGACACCCCUCUCAAUGCUGUACGUGGCACGCCUGAUCAAGGAGGCGGGUUUCCCACCUGGGGUGGUGAAUCUCAUCAACGGUCACGGCCGGGAAGCUGGUACGGCGUUGGUACAGCACCCGCAAGUGGACAAGGUCGCCUUCACCGGCAGCACUGCCACUGGCAAGGAGAUUAUGAAGAUGGCUUCGGCGACCAUGAAGAACAUCACGCUCGAGACCGGUGGCAAAUCGCCGCUCAUCGUCUUCGAGGAUGCCGACCUCGACUUAGCCGCCAAAUGGUCGCACAUCGGCAUCAUGAGCAACCAAGGCCAGAUUUGCACGGCCACCUCACGCAUCCUCGUGCAAAAGAAAGUGUACGAUGAUUUUAUCAGGCGGUUCAAGGCCAAGGUUGAAGAAAUCUCAGUCGUGGGUGACCCGUUCGAGGAAAACACAUUCCAAGGGCCGCAGGUGACCAAAGCCCAGUACGAUAGAGUGUUGUCGUACAUCAAGUCAGGACAAGAGGAAGGUGCCACAAUUGCCCUAGGUGGAAAGCCGGCGCCACAGAAAGGAAAGGGGUUCUUCAUCGCGCCAACGGUGUUUACCGACGUAAAGCCCAGCAUGAAGAUCUUCCGGGAGGAAAUCUUUGGCCCGUGUGUGGCCGUCGUCCAGUUCGAGACUGAGGAAGAGGCGAUCGAGCUGGCGAACGACACGACGUACGGCCUUGGGUCGGCACUUUUCACCAAGGACCUGGUGCGGGCGCACAGGGUGGCCCGGGAGAUCGAGGCGGGUAUGGUUUGGAUCAACAGUAGCAACGAUUCCGACUUCCGGAUCCCAUUCGGAGGAGUCAAGCAGUCGGGUAUUGGGCGGGAGCUCGGCGAGGCUGGCCUUGCACCGUAUUGCAACACCAAGGCGAUCCAUGUGAAUAUUGGGGAAUGA